AUGAUGGGGCCAUCCGAGCAUCUCACCCCGAACACGUUGUCGUAUCUCCGGUUCUCACGACCAGGGGCCGCAAGUCCGCCCAUGGAUUCGACCGCUCAUCCUGAUCCUCCUACUUCAACGCCUCUCUCGCAGAACGAUGAGCCCACGGAUGCGAAGCCUGAGUUGGAAGUUCCAUACAGCGAUAUGUUCACCCAGUCGACGCUUUCCGGCUUCGCUGAACUCGUCCACCUUAUCAUCACCAGCACCUUCUCCGCGACCCCGCCGUCGACUCCCAACGAUGAGAUCCCAGCAUUCGCAUUCUCGACGACUCGAUUCGGCCUUGCCGAGCUCACGCAUAGUAUCAUGUACCCUGGCAUAACUCGGAGCAACUCGCCCCGUCUAGAAGACGCUGUGCCCUCUCAGAAGCGCCCUUUUGGGUCUAUCGACGAAUAUUGGGGAGGGGCGGGUAUGGCCGAUCGAUGA